GUCUUAUGAAACAUUGUGUGUGUCUUUAUAUAGAAUUUUUGGUGUUAAAUUGCAAAAUGGGUUCACAGGUAUUUUAGGUGUUAUCUAAAAUCAGUGUAGUAAUAUCAUUCCUUUCAGAAAGGAACUACUUUUAUGAUGUCUUUAGAAAUAAGUGUUCCAGCGUUGAUACCCAACCUUGAUGUGAAGGACACUGCAUAUGACAGUGUGAUAGUUGUAACAGACAAGGUUGAAAAGUUAGUUGGAAAUUUGGAAUGUCUCAAAGCACCGAUAGAAAAUUAUGCUAAGGUGGACAGUAUAGAUGAUGUGGUUCUGAUACAAACUGAUGUGGUACCAUCUGGAAGACUAAUAUGGUCACCUACUGGACCUCUGGACAGAGAUUAUGAUGAUGUUAGGAGGUUUUAUGAUGCCGGGUAUAAAGGUAUAAAAAGAGCAAUGAAGGCAGGAAGCAAGUGGCCUUUGUUUGUUAGACCAAUUGACAAGACGUUCCCCGAGGCUGGUAAAUGUGCGACACUUGGUGCCCUUCAAGCUGCUUAUGUGCCUUUAGAAAUCCGUGAAGAUGUACCAAACAGGGCGAAGAAGGUGGAUAAGAUUGGAAUCUGGUGUGACGACCUUAACAGAGUCAAAGCUGGAAUUGAAAAACUGAAUGCUCUUGAAAUGGGCAGGAUUGUGACUCGAGACAUAGGCGGUUCGGAUCCAGAAAGAAUGGCUGCACCAAGAGUUGAAGAAUAUGUGAAAAAUAUCUUUCAAGAUACUGCCAUUAAGGUGGAAGUGAUAUCGGAUGUUGCUGUAUUUGAGAAAGAGUAUCCUUUAUUGGCAGCCGUGAAUAGAGCUGCAAGAUUGGUACCAAGACACCAAGGUCGCCUGAUAUACCUGACAUACGAGGGAGAAGGCCCGAUUGAAAAAACUCUAUUUCUCGUUGGAAAGGGAAUUACAUACGACACUGGUGGAGCUGAUAUCAAAGCUGGUGGUGUUAUGGCUGGGAUGCACCGGGACAAAUGUGGAGCGGCCACAGUUGCUGGAUUCUUUAAGACACUGUCAGUAUUAAAGCCAAAGGGGAUCAAAGUUGUAGGAAGUAUGUCAAUGGUCAGGAAUAGUGUCGGUUCAGAGUGCUAUGUUGCUGAUGAAAUUAUUACUUCACGUGCUGGAGCACGUGUAAGAGUUGGAAACACAGAUGCUGAAGGGCGUAUGGUGAUGGCUGACGUACUCUGCAGAAUGAAAGAAUGGGCUUUAAAUGCUGUAAAUCCUCAGUUAUUUACUAUUGCAACGCUAACUGGACAUGCCAUAAGAGCUUAUGGUGAAGACUAUUCUAUAAUAAUGGACAAUGGCCCAGCUAAGAAAAUCAACACAAGCUCGGUGAUUCAGGCCGCAGGCGAUAUUUUAGCUGACCCAUUUGAAAUUUCUACUAUCCGCAGAGAUGACUAUGUGUUCCACACAGGAAAGUCUGAAUAUGAAGACGUGCUACAGUGUAACAAUGCUCCAUCCAGUGCCACUCCUCGUGGUCACCAGACUCCAGCUGCUUUCUUAAUCAUGGCUUCAGGGCUUGAUAAGCAUGGUAAUGACUCAGACAAGCCACUACCAUAUUCUCACCUUGACAUCGCGGGUUCAAGUGGACCGUUCCCUGGUGUACCAACAGCGGCGCCUCUUCUAGCACUCGCAGGACAUUUCAUCUUACCAAGGGUCUAGGUCUUAGUGUUAGAAAAUAUCGACAACAUUUGAGCCGCGCCAUGACAAAACCAACAUAAUGGGUUUGCGACCAGCAUGGAUCGAGACCAGCCUGCGCUGCUGAUCUGUGCAGUCUGAUCAGAAUACAUGCUGUUCGCUUACCAACCCUAUUACAAGUAGAGAAACUGAUAGCAAACAGCAUGGAUCCUGAUCAGACUGCUCGGACUGGUCGCCAACACAUUAUGUUGGUUUUGUUCUGACGCGGCUCAUUUGUAUUUCAUAUCUAUAGACUGAAUUCAUGUUAUUUGCAGAACAGACAAAGAUUUCAAGAGGAAUAUGUUUUCAUGGAAAAGUUUUACAAGUACCUCCAAAAAUAUUUUUUUGCCAAGACGAUUAUUUACAGUUUUUGCAGGACCAUGAAAAUUUCAGUUUUAAUUUAUGUUAUUUUGGAUUGUAUUGUAUUAGACAGAAGUAUGAUAUAAAUAUUUCUUGUUAGCUAUAAUUUACAAAACUUACAUUAAGUGCAGUUUGUUACAUGAUAAAAUGGUUAAUUAUUUUUAUUCAGUAUUGAACAUAAAUAACCAUUAUAUCAACAUAUAAUUACAUAUUUCAUAACAAUAUGUUGUCAAAUAUUAAAAAUUCAUAAUCAUUAAUUAGUUUUAUACAAUAUUGUAUGUUUAUAACAAUUUUGCAUUUACAUAAUACAUAUUUAAUAACAAUCUGUUGUCAGCUAUUUAAAAUUCAAAAUGUUAACUAACCAAUCUGCUGCCAUUUUCUUUUUUGAUCAUGCAAAAGUUACAUUACAUUUUACAUUUCUUGCUAAUGUAAGCCACCCUGCUAUAGCUAUUAGGAGACCAAUGGCUGAUGUGCCAUUUUAUUUUUUCAAUGCUUAUUUCUUAGCAUAAUAAGCCAAGUGACCACAAAUUAGUUGCCAUGGUGAAAAAAAAAAUCGAAACAUGUAAUAUUUAACAGGUUAUUGUUUGCAAAAGCACAAAAUUAACUGUAAAAAGUCUCUUAAGGGUUAACAACGUAUUUAUUUGUUUAUUUCUUAUUGGCACAUACAUGUAUAUAUAGUUGAUAAAAUUGUUUGCUGCGUAACAUUUCCUUGAAUUUUUUUGUUUUUUGUAUGAAAUGGUUUACAUUCAAAACAGAAAAAUAUAGAUAUAUAUUAAAAGUUUUGAAUGAUUCUGGUGAUCAGAAAUGUUUAAUUUUAUGUUAGAAUGAUUGAAAGAAAUAAAUAUUAACUCUCUUAUGGACCAACAAUAAACAAAUUAUAUUAUAUGUCAAUUGUAAACUUGUUAUAGUUAUUAAUAUAUAAUAUUUUCUGUGAUAGAUUAGAGAGACUGUGAUUUCAUAGUGCAGAUUGUGAAUGAUUUGUAAUUGUAUGUUCAAAAAAAGCCCAACUUGCCUUCCGUGCUUUGCCUUAUGCCCUGUCCUUUUUCUGUUUGGGGUCCAUCUGGGCUCCUUGUUGCUGGGUCGUGAUGGGGUUGCAUUCAUUGAACGCCGCCUUUCCUUGUUGAUCUUGUUUAUCAUAUUUUUUGCCAAUGUAGGAGUAUUUUUACUCAAUUUUUGUUUCAUUCAAUUUUUGUGUCGCUUCUACGGAGUAGUGGCGACAUAUAGGGAUCACUUCUCCGUCCGUCUGUCCGUCCGUCAAAAACUUGUCCGAACUACUCCUCAUAAACUACUGGUGCAAUUUCAUCCAAACUUUACAGGAAUGAUCAGUACCAAGUCUAGUUGUGCAUAUUGUCAGCAUUUUCCGGUUCAAUGAUUUUUUUCAGAGUUAUGGCCCUUUAAUAAUUUUUAUUUUUAAAGUUUGUCUUCUUUUAUACCACUAAUGCAAUUUCAAUGAAUCUUUACAGAAUUAAUCGGUACCCCAAGCGCUUGUGCAUAUUACAUGAGUUUUCCAGUUGAAUGAUUUUUGGCUGAGUUAUGGCCCUUGAAUAAAUAAAGCAUUUUGGCCUGUUAAUGAUUCUUUUCUUCUGCUACACAGAUGCUGCAACAUAUAGAGAACAAACUGAUCAAUCACCCCUCUAUACAACUGCUGAAUUGGCUAUCAUCAGGAGACACAUGUGAUCACUGAUUGCUCUUGUUUCUAUAGUGAAAUAUCUUUGAAUUUGAUGAAGCUGACACUCAAAAAUGUUUUACCCUAUUGAAAUAUAAAAUGAAAUGCUCCAUCUAAAGAUUAUCUUUUAAAACCUGUAUUCUAGAGAGUAAGUGUGUCACAGAAUGAUAUUGUAAUCAAGUGCCCUAGUGUUAAUCGCGGCUAUGAUUUUUUUUUUACCUAAUUAUUUUGGCAGAAUUUUGUCCCGUUAAGGGUGUUGUUUUUUUACCUAUAUGUGAUAUAUCAGGAAGACCUGGCCUCGAGGUUAAAACAUUUUUUUCCCCCAAGUUCUGUCUCAAAUCUUGGGAGUGUGUACAUUCUGUGGCAGUUUCUGACCAAUCAAAUACCAGUCCUGAGAUCUUGAUUUGAGCUUAGAGAAUUUCUUUCUUAUUAAUUUGUGAGGAUUUUUUUGUAGCUUAAUAUUUUUUGUUCCCAGUUUGCUGUAAAGAGAUCAUCAUUUCUCAUACAAGACUGACACAUGAUGUAAUAAAUUCUUUUAACUCCCUGUAAUAAAACAUGGUUAAGUCCAUGGAUUUUAAUUUUAUUUUGAAAUGAAAUUCAAAAGAAAUGGAUAAAUUUAUCUAAGUCAAAUUUUUAGAUGAAUGUCAUGAGCAUGAUUGAAAAUAAAUUAUCUUCUUAACAUAAAAACAUGAAUAUUUGUGAAUAUUAUAACGCUGGUCUAAAAAUUCACCAAACUCUGACUUUGUGCUUAGGCGGCUGACAUCACUGCUGUGGGCUGUUCUACUCGGGUGUUGCUUGAAAUACAGCAUGGAGUUGCACCUUUAAAUCUUCCUCCUCCAAUGACCAGCGUCACAGAAAGUUGCCAUUUACAGUGUUAGUGUAACUUGAAACCUAAACAAACAUAAAUGCAUGAAUGAAAUCACAGUUUCUUCUAUGAAAUAUGAAUGAUUGUCAGUUAUGUGCUGUUUUACAAAAAAAAUAUGAUCAAAAUUUUAUUAUUGGGACCAAGGUAUUUUUUCAUAAAGUUAAUUUGUGGAAUAAAAUAUUUAAAAAAAAACAA